AUGCUCAAGUCUGCUCGGGUCUGCUCGGGUCUGCUCGGGGCUGCUCGGCUCGAGUUCGAGGCUGUGAGACUCAAUGCCGUCCACGGCUUCCAAUCGGUUGCCUCGUGGCGCGCCGAGCUUGCUCUGCUCCGGGCACAGCUGUCGGCGCUCAACCCACCACCGCAGCUGGCGGCAGCCUCGCCGCAGCUCUCUCACUCACCGACGGCCCAUCACUCGCUCAUGGCCAUGCGUGAUCGAAUGGCCCGGCUCGAGGCCGAGCGAAACGACCUUGCGUCGCAGCUUGGCGCCGCGCAGGCAACGCUCUCGUCGCGGACGCUCGAGGCCUCCGAGUGGGCCUCGCGGUACGAGGUGGCGACGCAAGGCUGGCGCGAGAAGAUCAAGACGCUCGAGGGAGCUCUCUCCAAUACCAACGCAGACACCGCGGGCCUCAAGGCUCAGCUGGCUCAGCUAACCGACGCCAACGCCCGACUCGAGGCCGAGCUGGCCGCUGCGCAAGCCGCCGUCGCCGCGCACUCGUCCGAGGCCCGGACCUCUGCUCGCACCGCCCGCGAGGCCUCACACUCGGCCACUGUGCUGCAAGCCGAGCUCGACGACGCGCGGUCUCACAUCGAGACGCUCGCCACUCAGCUCCGCGAGGCCAACUCCAAAUCGCGGUCGUCGUCGCGCAUUCUCGAGCUCGUCCGCGCCACGCUCGCCGCCAACCCACGGGCUUCAGCCUAUGCCAUUACCGACGACACACUCAUCCCACAAGCGCUUGCCUCGGUAUUUGGUGACUAUGACACUGCGCUGGACGAUGCGCGGGCUGCGCUGGCGCGGAAGAACGCCAACCUCGCCGCAUCGUCGGCACAGGUCCACGCCCUUGACACCCAGAUGGCAACGCUCUCGGCGUCGUAUGCUGGCUCGCCGGCCGCUGCUGCCUCGCUUGCCUCGUCAGCUGUCGAGACCGCCCACGCCUCGCAGUCCAAGCUCCGCGCCCAGAUCCACGACCUCUCGCGACAGCUGCAGCUUGUGCGCGAGUCGGCUGCGCACGACGCGAACCAGGCGGCUGCGCGGCUCGACGCCGCGCUCACGGAGCGCGACGACGCCCGCGAGUCCGAGUCUGCUCUCCAGUCGCGCCUCCAGCUUGCCAUUUCCAAGCUCUCGGCGGCAUCGGCACGUGAUGAAGCAACUUCGCGCGAGAUUGACACCCUUCGUCGUGCGCUCGACUCGGCUGAGGCCGCAGCGCAGGACGCGGUGCUGGCGUGUACCAAGGCCCAGACCCAGGCCCGUGGCUACGCCUCGCAACUCGACGUGCUCACGCUUCAGUACAAGGCCGCGGCUGACAAGAACGCCACGCUGGCGACCGAUCUCGCGGCGGCAGACGACGCCAUUGCCGAGCUCCGCAGCCAGGUCCAGUCGCUCGAGGAGGCCAAGACCGAGGCCGAGCGUGCCCACCGUGCCGCGCUUGGCAAGGCGCGCGUGGCCUCGGAGGCCGCGGCGACCUCCAAGUCGCAUCUCGACCAACUCACGUCGCGGCUCGCGCGCUCCGACUUUGACACGUCUGCGCUCCGCACCACGCUUCGCGCCGCCGAGGCGGCUGCCGUCGACACCCGUGAGGACCUCCUCGCCGACAACACUGCCCUUGCCACCACCUGCCGCUCGCUGCGGUCGGACGUCUCGUCGGCACACGCCUCCCUUGCUGCUGCCCGCGAGCAGAUCAAGGAGCUCACCGGCCAGGUUGCCGGGCUCAAGGCGCAGCUCGCGGCCAACGACGAGCUGCUUGCUGUCCGCGACGCCGCCGUCCGCGAAAUGGACACCAAGCUCACCACCCUGCAGACGCUCUACACCAACUCGACAGCGGCGGCCGAAAACGUCAACUCAGCCGCCAUCCACCAGGUCAAGCUCGCUCUCGACACCGCCAAGGCCGACGCCGCCGCCGCUGCCGACGCCACCCGCGCCGCUGAGCGCGACGCCGCCGCCAAGGCCGAGGCCGUUGCCAAGCUCAAGGCGAGCCUCGCCGACCGCGACACAACAAUCGCCCGCCUCGAGUCGCAGAUUGCGGUCUCCAAGACCGGCUCGACCCGCGAUGCCGACCUCCGCGCUCACCUGCAGGCGGUCAACGAGCGGCUUGAGACUCAGCUGGCUGCAGUGACACGCGAGAAGCGCAAGGCCACCACCGAGGCGCACGCCCACAUCGACUCGCUCAAGACCCAGCUCGCGUCGCUCACGUCCAAGCUCGACUCAGAGGCCGCUAUCAACGCUGACCUGCGGACGCAGCUCACGGCAGCGUUUGACGACGCGUCGGCGUCGCGUGCCGCGCUUGUAUCGUCUGAGGAUGCACUUGUCUCGGUCCGCGAGGAGUUUGCGCUCGCCGUCAACAAGUUUGCCGCUGACAAGCACGCGCUUACUCAGGCGCUCGCCACGGCCAAGGCCAAUAUUGCGGCGCUCACCUCUGCACGCGACACUGCACUCGACGAGGCGGCGACCGCAGCGUCCGACGCCGACGCGGCUACAAAGGCCCGGGCCGCCACCGAGGCCAAACUCGCGGUCACCAACUCGGAGCUGGCAGCCGCCAAGGCCUCGGCCUCGUCGUCGCUCUCGAUGAUCGACACUAUGAAGGAGCACCACGCUGCCGAAGCUGCUGGCCUCCGCAAGCAGAUCAACUCAAUCACCAAUGAGCUCAACGCAGCGCGGACCUCGCUCGCCACGUGCUCGUCCAAGUCAGAGGCCUCGGUCGCCGAUCUCAAGCGGACCCACGCGUCCCAGGUCGAUGCGCUUGAGUCGGCGCUUGCCGACCUCCGGAGCCAGCUUGCAUCCAAGGCCGCGGCGCUGGAGACUGCCCAGGCCGAGGCGCUGGUGGAGGCCCAGAACGCUGAGGCGCUCGCCGACACCCUCCGCGACCGCAUUACUGAGCUCGAGUCGACGUCGGCGGCGGCAGCCGACGCUGCUGCGCUCGAGACCCGGUCGCUGCACGCCAAGAUCAAGUCACUCAACCAGGCCAAGGACUUGCUCGAGGCGCAACUUGCCCGCGCCAAGCAGCAAAACGAGUUCCUUGACCACGCGCUCUCCACCGCCCGCGAGGAGGCAUCGCACUCGAUGCGCAUGUCGCAGGCUGGCUCCAAGCAGCUUGAGUCAGUCAUCACCAACCUUCGCUCACAGCACGAGGACGCACUCUCGUCGGCCCAGGCGCAACGGACUCAGUUUGAGGACACGCUCCGCGAGACCCAGGAGGCGCUCGCGGCCGAGGCCAAGCGAUCGGCGGCAGCAGCGGCCCAGGUCGUCGAGCUCUCGGCACGGGCCGACGACCUCGCGUCACAGCUCGCGGCCGUCACUACCGACCGUGACAUGGCGACGGCGGCCCUCGACGCCGCAAAGGCCGACGCUGCCACCAAGCUCGACCUUCUCUCUGCCAGGCUCCAGGCGCGGUCGGACGAGCUCGACGCAGUGCGUCGCGACGAGUCGACUGCUGUCGCUGCACUCCAGGCCCAGCUUGUCGAGACCCGUGAGACCGUGGCGAACCUCGAGGACGAGCUCGCCGCCGCUCGUGGUGCCGCUGCCCUCGCGGCCAACGCCGCGGCGUCCAAGGCUGCGGCGGCGGCCGAAGAGCUGUCCGCGCUCAAGGCCGAGGCCAGUGCGCUCAAGGCAACACUGUCCAAGACCAAAACACGGGCUCGGGCACGCGAGGACGACCUCACGCGCGAGCUCAACGCCCGGACCGCCGAGCUUGCGGCAGCCCGCGAGGAGGCGCUCCAGUCGGCGUCGUCGUCAACCGAGGAAAACCAGCAGCUCGCGCACAAGCUCGCACACCUCCAGACGAAGCUCUCGACCACGGUCGACGACCUGCAUGCAGCACAGAAUCAGGCCCGCACCGCCGAGGCCACCGUCAACGAUCUUCGCCUCGAGCUCGACGCCACCAACCGGGCGCUGGCCGAGUCCAACGCCCAGCUGGGGCGGACCAAGUCGGAUCAUGAGCGAACGCUUGAGCUGCAGCGGAAGCAGGCGGCAAGCGCUGCAGCGCUCGCGGCGCAGCGUCUCGACGCUGCCGACGACGCCAACGCCGAUUUGCAGCGGCGACUCACCGAGGCCCGCACAUCACUCACGGCCUCGCGUGCGUCCGAGAAGGCGCUUACUGCCGCCCGCGACGACGCACAGGCCCGCGUCAACGAGCUCACCGCCCAGCUCACCUCGCUCAAGACCCAACUAUCAGUAUCAACUGAGGAUGCGCGCGCCGACGCGUCGCGCCACGCGGAAGAGACCGCCAAGGUCGAGAGUCAGCUCAAGAACCACAUCCGCGAGCUGGAGUCGGCCCUUGCAGUCGCCAAGGACGCAGCAAACUCGGCGACGCUCACCCAGUCGGCGGCCGAGACCGAGGCCAAGGACGCCAAAGCAACGGCGGCCUCGCUCAAGGCUGAGCUCGCCGCUGUCCGGGCUCAGGCUGCGGCAGCUGCCGACGAGGCCACCGCCGCCGCCAACGCGGCUCGCGAGCUGGCGCUCGCCGAGGAGCGCGGUCACGCUGCCGAGCUUGCGGCGCUCCAGCGUGAGCUUGCCGCCGUCAAUACCGCCCUUGACGCCACCCGCGCCUCGCUCGACAAGGAGGCCGAGCACUGGCGGUCGGUGCUAGAGGAGUCGUCGACCAAGUCGAACCACGAGCUCGCCGCUGCACGCGAGGCCACCGCCCACGCCGAGAAGACCGUCGACAUGCUGCGGACUCAGCUGACGGCGGCAGUCUCGGAGCGCGAUAGCCUCCGGGCACAGCUGACCUCGACCGAGACUGGACAGCACUCUGCUGAGGCGGAAGCCGAGGCCAUCUCGGCCCAGCUUGAGCUUCAGAAGCAGGUGACCGCCCAGACCCAGGCCGAGCUUGCCGACGCCCGCACCGCGCUGGCGAGCCGGACUCAGGAGCUCGAGAGCAAGCACGACGCGCUCCGCGCUGCCAACAUGGAGCUCUCGGCGCUUCAGGCGCAGCUGGCACGGGCCGAAGACCACGCGUCCGAGAUGGAAGCCAAGCUCGCGGCUCGCGCCGCCGACGCCGACGAUGAGAUCAAGCGCUGGCGCGACCGGCUCGACGAGGCCACCCGCGAUCGGGCAGCAGACGCUGCCGCCGCCGAGGCUGCUGCACACACGGCCUCGCUCGCUGCAGAGCACGCUGCGGCCCAGAUCGAGGCGCUGCGCGACGAUCUCGCUCGUGAGCGUAGCGCUGUCGCCGAGGCACACACCCGGCUCGCGGCGGUUAACGAGGACAUGGUCAUUACCAAGACAGCACUCACGGCACUGCAAGGCACGGUCGAGCGCGAUGCAGCAGCGGCGGCACAGGCCGAGCGCGCUGCGCGCGGCGAGCUUGCUGCCGAAGCUGCCGCCCACACCGCGACCCGCAACGCGCGUGACAAGGCCGAGGCCGCCGCCGAAACGGCGAGCGCCAAGGCGUCCGAGCUGGCGACUCAGCUGGCGUCGGCAUCGGCCAAGCUCGAGGCCGCCGAGGCCGAGGCUGCUUCUGGGCGGGCCAUUAUUGCUGCGCUCGAGACCCGGGUCGCGGACGCCGAGCGCAAGCUGGAGACCUCGACCGGCGCACACAGUGUGCUUGCCGAUCAUGCAUCGGCGCUCGAAGCCGACCUCCGCGAGGCACGGACCAAGCUUGAGGCGACGAGUGCUGCAGCCCGCGACGCCGUCACGGCGCGCGACCGGAUGGCGACGGCGCUUGAGCGGGCACAGACCGAAAAGGCGCACUGGAAUACCAUGCAUGAAGACCGUAAGCACGAGGUCGCAGAGCUGGAGGCGGCCAAGUCGCGACUGUUUGAUGAGCUCACCCGCGAGCGGGCGGCAUGUAAGGCUGCGGAGCGCAACGCGGCCUCGGCUGAGGCGAGCGCGAGCGCAAGCGACGAGCGGGUUGCUGCACUCAACGCGCAGGUCGCGUCGCUCAAGGCCUCGCUCGGCGAGAAGACAUCAGCGGUCAAGACGGCGGCGGCCGACGCGGACGCCAGCCGGGCCCAGUCGAACGCACUCACGGACACGCUCGCGGAGGUCAAGGCCGAGAUGGCCAAGACCAAGGCCGAGCUCGAGCACGCGCGCGCAAUGGCGCGCGACGCUAGCGCGGCCCGGCACGCUGCCGAACUCACCGCCGACGAGCUUCGGAGCCAGCUGCAGUCGCGGGUCGACGAGCUCCACGCGGCAGAGACCGAACUCGGGAAAGCGUCCGCCAAGGUCGUGAGCCUCCACGGCACGCUGGCCGACACCAAGCGGGCGCUGGAGCAAAAGCACGCCGAGCUGUCGACGGCGUCGAACGAGGCCGACGAGGCGCAGGCGGCGCAGCGCCAGCUCCAGGCGCGGGUUGACGAGCUGACGAACAGGCUCGGCGGGACGGCGGCGAGUCUCGCAGCGGCGCAGGCGUCGGGCGAGGCUGCUGAGGCCCGGGCGCGUGAGCUCAGCGACGAGCUUGACAACGUGCGCCACAAGUAUGAGGCGCUGACAGCCGACCAUACUGCGUCGGUUGCCGACUUGGCAACGGCGCGGUCUGACGCAAGGGCAGCAGCGUCGAACGCGUCGCGGCUGGAGAACGAGCUGUCGCGGACAAGCCACGAUCAUCGCGCGGCGCUCUCCGAGCUUGCAACGCUCUCCGAGUCUGUGGCGCUCGAAAAGUCACAGGCGCACGCAUCGACACUGGCACUAGCAUCGAUGGAGGCGUCGUUGACGCGGUACUCGACACACGAGACGUCGUUGGCGGACGAGCUCGACGAAGUGCGAAUGACCGAGCGCGAGCUGCGUGCGCGGCUGAUGCGGCUCGAGGUCAAUGACGAGGUGCUCCGCGAGCAGCUUGCGGCCGCCAAGGAGCUCGCAGAGAGCCGGGCCACCGACGCUCAGGUGGCGCGCGAGAGGCUGGCGGCGUUGACGGACGAUGCGACCGAAGCGCAGGCCGAAGUGGCUCGGCUGAACGAUCUUGUGCGUGCGCGGAGCCGCGAGGCCGAGCAGCUUGCGUUCAAGAGGGACGCAACUAUUGCAUCGCUGGAGGACCAGGUGCUCUCGCUCUCGGAGGAACUCAACGCACGGGCCAAGGCCGUCGAUGAGUUUGAGGCCGCUGUCCAGGAGCUGCACAACACGUCGGUGGUGGCCGAAGCAACCGCGGCCAAGCAGAUCAAUGCACUGGCGAGCGAGCGCGACACGGCCAAGUCUGCGGCACAGAGAGCAGACGAAGCGAGGGCAGCCGCGGUCAAGGAGCUCAAGCUCGCCAAGGCCGAGGUUGCGACGCUGAGCAACGCGCUGGCGGCGCAAAGGGACGAGACUGCCGAGGCGCAGCGACACGCGCUUGGGCAGCACCAAGCGCGCGAGCUCGAGUCGACCCGGCUAGAGGCACUGACAGGCCAGCACGAGGCUGCUAGUCAGGAGCUUGCGCAGCUGCGAGCGGCCCACGAGGCUCAGCGGAACGAGCUCGAGACGGCGCGGCGCGAGCUGCUGCGGUACGAGGCGCGGCGCGAGGCGCUGGACGAGUCGGUCUCGGCCUCGCAGAUGUGGAUGUCGGACACAGUGUCGCGGGCCGACAAGCUUGCGGCGGAGCUCGCCGAGCUGCGUGGGUCGUCGGAGGAGACGGCGGCAGCGUUGCGCACUGCGCGCGAGGCAGAGGCAGCGGCGCGCAGCGCUGCGGCGCGUGAGGCAGCCGAGCAUGCCGAGACCCGCAAAGCUCUUGUGGCUGCGGAGAGCUCGCUGGCGCGGGUCUCGACGACGCUGUCGCAGGUGCAGGACGACGCGGCAGCGCGCGAGGCGUCGCUACUGACCCAGCUGGAGUCGUCGUCGACGAACCGCGACACGGUGUUUGCGCGGCACCGCGAUGCGCUCGACGAGGUGGCAGCGCUACGGUCCGAGGCUGCGUCGGCCAAGGCGGCCGCUGGAGCACUGCAGGACCAGGUCCGCAUUCUGUCUCGUGAGCUUGAAGCGGCACAGAGCGGUCUGGCAUCGGAGCGCAGCGCUCAUACUGCGGUCCGUGAUGAGUGGAAGUUGCUCAAUGAGCAGCUCUCCGAGGCAAAACAGGAGCUUGUGGCGCUGCGGGCGAGCGCCGAGUCGAGCGCGAGUGCACUGGCACGGGAGACUGGCGCGGCGCGCGAGGCGAGUAUUGCAGCGCGCGAAGCGAGCGGACGGGCCAAUGCGCUGGAGGCGCGGGUGAACACGACCGAGCAGGCACUGAAGGACGCUCUGGCAUCGCUGGAGCGAACAAACGUGACCGAGGCUUCGCUGCGGAGCGAGCUGGCGUCAGUCAAGGCGGCGUUGGCUGCUGCCGAGGAGCGGGCGCACGGCCGGGUCGGUGAGCUGGCGAGCGCCCAGGCGAGCGCGCAAGCAGCCGAGCUUGCAGCGUCACAGGCCGAGGCGCAGAGUGCGGCACUGGUGGCGUCCAAGGACCAGACUAUCAGCAUGCUGCGGGCGUCGCUCGACGAGACCACGUCGUCGAAGAAGCAGCUCGAGCUCGACCUGCAUUCUGCGGUGGAACAGAUUUCCCAGCUACAGGACUCGCUCCGGGAGCUGCAGGCUCAGGUCUCGAGCCAGGCGGCAUCUGAGGAUGCGCUCUCGACACUCUCGAACCAGCUGGAGACGUCUGUGAUGCAGGCGGAGCACCAGCGGGAGGAUCUCGCGCAUCGGCUCGCGGCAGCGCUCGAGGAGCGAAACCGGCUCUCACAAGAGGUGCUUCGGGCUGGGCAUGAGCUCGAAAAGGAAGCCGCGGAGCACGCGCACACUGCAGACAAGCUUCGCGAGUUGCGGGCGGAGCAUGAGGCAAGUGAGGCACGGGCGGCGGCAGGGAGCGAGGAGCUUGCCAAGCUCAAGACGGCGCUCGAAGUUGCUCGCGCGCAGCUAGCAGAGCGGACGACGCAGACCGACGCGGCGGCGGACCGUGUGGCCGAAGCCGAGGCCCAGACGGCGGCGACGACUGCAGAGCUCGAGGAGACGCGGCGGUCGCUUGAGAGCGCGGACCGACGGGCGCGGGCUGCGGAUGGUCGGGCGGCCAAGCAGGCCGAGCGGGCGGAUGCCGAGGCAGCCAAGGCUGCAAAUGCGCUGGAGGAUGCUGCGGCGCUGCGGCGCGAGGUCGAGGCGUGCAAGGCUGAGAUGGAGCAGCUGAAGGUCCGAAUGGCUUCCCAGGCAGCGCUGACGGCGCAGCUUAAGGGCCAGGACGCGGCGGCGGCGACAACGCUGGCGCAGCUGCGCGAGAGCCUGGCGGCGACGGCGGACGACCGGGCGCGGCUGCAGAGCUCGAUUGAGGCAGCACUGCAGGCCAAGGUACAGGCCGAGUCGGAGGCUGCAGGGCUCGCGGCGCAGCUAGAAGCCGCACAAUCGAUGUGCCACGACAGGGCUGCUGUGGCGCAGGCAGCGCAGGCGCAGCUCCAUGCUGCAGAGCAAAAGAUUGAGUCGCUGGCCAGUGCGCUUGAGGCGAACCGCGGUGAGCUGCGCGCAGCGCGGCAGACGGCAGCGCGAGCCGAGCAGGCUGCAGACGAGAUCCGGGCGGACCUUGCGCGGACGCGUGAAGCACUCAGUACCGAGUCGACGACGCUUGCCGAGGCCAUGGAUGAGUGCGUUAGUAAUGCCGACUCUCGGGCUGCAGCCCAGGCCGAGCUUGCGAUGGCGCAGGAGGCGCUCGACGAGGCCCGUGCCGAGGUUGCGCGGCUCUCGGCGCGGGUGGAGGCCGCGGAGCGGACAGCGAGCUCCGCACAGGAGCGCGCCAAGCAGUUGCAGGCGAGUCUGAGCUUGCGAAGCGAGGCGCACGCCAAGGUUGCGGCCGAGCUGGAGAUGUUGCGCUCUCGCGAGGCCGAGGCUGUGGAGGCACGGGCCAAGGCCGACGGGGUGGUGGAACGGCUGCGGGCGAUGCUGGACAAGAUUCGGAGCGAGAGCCACGCCGAGGCUCAGGAGGCAGCGCGGCGGCUGGCGGCAGCGCAGCAAGAGGCAGCGCAUGCCAAGAGCGAGGCCGUGGCUCAGAGCACGGCUCUGGCUGGACGUGAGCAGGAGCUGGCGGCGUCGACCCGCGCGGCCGGAAGCCUCCGACGCGAGCUCGACAGCGCGCUCGCGAUGCAGGCCGAGACCAGCACCCGACUGGAGCAGGCUCGUGCCGAGGCGAAGUCGCUGCGGGCGCAGGUUGCGUCGAAGGAGGCCACGCUGGGCGAGCUGCGGGAGGCGUUGGGCAAGGCGCAGGCUGAGCUCGAAAGCGAGCGAAUGCAUGCCGAGAUGGCGGUGACCGAGCUCCGGAGCGAGGUGACUGAGGCGGCGGAGGCGCGGCGCCAGGCCGACGCUGCGGUGGCAUCACUCACGACGCAGCUGCGGCUGUACGAGAGCGAGUCGCGGACGCCGAAGAAGAUUCUUGAGUCGCUGCAGAGUCAGAUGGCGGAGCUGGAUGCGUCCAAAUCCGAGCUGGCAGACCAGGAAGCGCUGGAGGCCAAGGUGGCGUCACUGGAGGAUGCGCUCCGGGUGUCGCGGGCGAGCGAGACUCAGGCGCGGAUCGACUUGGAAGGCGAGCGCAAGGCAGCGUCGGAGCUUGCGAUGUCGGCGGCUGCGGAUCGCGAGGCGCUGGUGCGGGCGCAGGAGCAAGCCAAGUUCUUCGAGUCGCAGGCGGAGCAGCUUGCGUCUGCCAAGGCGAACGCCGAGGCCAAGGUUGUUGCCCACUCCAAGGCCAAGUCAAAGCAGCGUGACCUCAUUUCGCGGCUCACGACCAAGUGCAACGAGCUCAAGGUCGCGGUGAGGGAGGAGCGUGAGGCGAUUGGUCGGGUGCAGGUGGAGCUUGCGGCGGUCCGCGAGGAGCACUCGUUCUGCGCGAGCAAGCAGGCCGAGCUGCGCGAGCAGCUCUCGGAACUCUCCGAGUUGGCGUCGCAUGGCGACCAGCUGCCCCAGGUGCAGAUCAAGGCCAAGAAGCUGGCGAUCAAGCUGCGGACGGUGAUGGGUGAGCUCGAGCAAGCGCAGGCGGAGGCAGCCGCUGCGCGGGCCGAUGCUGCGGAGGCACGUGCGAGCGCCCAGGCCGCGGAAGCAAAGGCGAAUGCAGCGUCUGCGGGACGAGCGCGAGCCGAGGCUUUGGCGAACGAGGCGGAUGCGCAGGUGUUGGCGGUUCGGCGCGAGGCUGACGAGCGCAUCGCGGCGGUGAAGAAGAAGGCCGCGGCGCGUGUGGCAGCUGCCGAGGAGGCCAACUCGGAGACGGCGGCAAACCGCAAGGCGCGGGUGACACUUGAGGAUAUGCGCAAAAAGUACGAGUCGCGGGUGAAGCGGCUCGAGUCCAAGGUGAGUUCUGUGAGCCGGACGCGGUCGUCGCUGCAGACCGAGCUCGAGGAGGCACUGUCCAAGGUGUCUGAGAUGGAGGUGACGAACAUGCAGCACCUCAAGGUGGUGCACGCGCUGGAGGAGGCGUCGGAAGAAAACAAGAAGCUCCGGGCACAGCUGGCACAGAUGCGGAUCAAGUACAAGACGGUCAAGGGCGUGGCGGCGCAGCAGCGGCAGGUGGUGCCGGCGCACCUCCGGAGGGUGCUGACCGAGACGGAGCACGAUGCGAUGUUUGGCGACGACUCGGAGAUGGACGUGGCGAUCACGCCGACGAUGGCGGCGAUCACGUCGAAUGCGGCGGCGCACGAGGAGGCCUCGCGGUGCCUUGCGCUCGUUGCGUCGCUCAAGUCGCAGCUUGCGGCGGUGACGUCGCCGAGCAAGACCGGCGCUGGCGCGAGUGACGAGGCUGUCCAUAUGGCAGCGUCGGAUCCGGUCGGCUCGCUGCGUUCAGCCAUCCUUCCGGUUGUCUCUGUUGUCGACGAGCUGGAGGACAUCAUCGCACACAUGGACAUCUCCGACGAGAGUCUGGGAAUCCAUGGCGGCGAGCUCGCGGUGCGGGCAGCAGCGCUCGAGGCCGAAAACGCGGCGCUUCGCAAGAAGCUCGAGCACAUCGAGACAGGACUCGUGGAGCAGACUCGCGGGCUCAUUGCCAACGUCCGAGAAGUGCAGCGGCUGCAGGCAGCCGAGUCUGGCGGCGACUCUGACGCGGCGUCGUUCGACUCGCAGCAUCAGGGCUCGCUCUUUGAGCUCGAGCUCGACUCGCUGGAGCAGUCUGCCGAUGCGCUUCUGCACUCGAUCCACGAGUCGUUCGAGUCGAUUGACUUUGGGCCGCCACCGUCGGACUCGGACCAUGAGUAUUGA